CGUUCACAUUUAAUUGCUAUUCCUCAUAUAAGCUCUGAUCAGGCCUCUGCAUGUAGAGAAUGGGGAGAGGGAGAGUAGAGCUGAAGAGAAUAGAGAACCCAACAAGCAGACAGGUGACCUUUUCAAAGAGAAGAAAUGGCCUUCUAAAGAAAGCUUUCGAGCUUUCAGUUCUUUGUGAUGCCGAAGUUUGCUUGCUUAUCUUCUCUCCCACUGGAAAGGCUUACCAGUUUGCAAGCCAUGAAGUGGAUAGGACCAUUGCUAGGUACCGCAGGGAGGUGGGACUAAUAGGGUUAAAUGACCAGCACUCCAGAUCCUCGGAGUUUUGGAGAAGUGAGAUUGAAGAGUUAGAGAGAACAAUAGAAACUCUGGAAACAAGACUCAAGCACUUCUGUGGAGAAGAUAUAUCAGUUUUGGGCAUGAAAGAGUUAAAACAACUCGAGAGACAAUUAAAGACUGGGGUUGAGCGCAUCCGCUCUAAGAAGAGGCGCAUUAUUAUGGACCACAUCAACUUUCUCAAGAGAAAGCAUAGAGCCCUGCAAGAAGCGAAUACUCUCCUCCAGAAAAGAAUUAAGUUGCAUGAACUGAGUGAAGCAAGCAUAGGUUCGAGAAUUCUGGACUCAAAUCCUUUUGAUGCAUUUCAGCAAAGGGCUGUUAAUGAUGGGAUUCUCCAUUAAACUGGUGGUGCUAUUUGCUUAUUU